AUGCUAUUGAGACUUGUUAGAAACAUGCACGUAAAAGCUAUUAAAAUGAGAUGGGCCACUGGUGGCGAUAACUACUGUUAUUUACUAAGUACGCAUGAUAAGAAGGAUUCUUGGAUUAUUGAUCCAGCAGAAACUCUUGAAGUGUUACCAAAACUUGAUCAAGAUGAGAUGAAAAGUAUUCGAGCUAUUGUGAAUACUCAUCAUCAUUAUGAUCAUUCAGAAGGAAAUUUGAAUAUGCUUCGUGAGUUGAAAAAUAUUGGUAAUGAAUCAAUUUCAAUUAUAGCUGGUUCCAAAGCAUCUCAAGGUUCGAAUGAAUUACCACGUCAAUGUCAAAAAUAUAACUUGGGAGAUCUAGAGGUCAUUGCCAUUAGAACCCCUUGUCACACUCAGGAUUCUGUUUGUUAUUACGUAAAGGACCCUCAAACGAAUGAGCACGGUGUCUUUACUGGUGAUACACUAUUUACUGCAGGUUGUGGUAGAUUCUUUGAAGGGACCGGAGCUGAGAUGGAUACAGCUUUGAAUAAAAUAUUAUUGAAAAAUGUCGGUGAACCUAAUUGGGGGUUGACUAAAGUUUACCCAGGUCAUGAAUACACCAAGAGUAAUGUUAAAUUUGUACGUGAUGCUAUAUAUAAGACACCUGGUGAAAAUAGAGCUUUGGAUGAACUUGAGAAAUUCGCUGAAACUCAUACUGUCACUACUGGGAACUAUACUUUAAGUGAUGAAUUGACAUUCAAUCCAUUCAUGAGACUUGAUGAUCCUUUUGUUAGACAAGCUGUUGGAGAUGGAUCAGGGCAUUGGACAAGAGCUAAAGUAAUGGAUAAGUUAAGGGAAAUGAAAAAUUCCAUGUAA